AUGUCUCAAGAUAUAUCUAAAGAGCAGCAUAGAUUACUGCAUAUUUUGCAGUUAAACAAUCUUUUGAAAGGAAUCUGUUUAGGUGUUAUUGUGCCUGCUCUAUGGUACAACAUUCUCGCUGUAACCUUAAUAUUAGUUACAAGCUACAAGCAGCUGAUUCCAGCUAGGCGUAGCUGCAUUAGAAAGCUUGCAAAUAAUCGGGAAACUUAUGGUGUUCAUGAACCGUCAAUGAUGCUUUUCCAAGUAAAAAUAACAUAGGAAAGUUUACAUUUCCUUUUUAUUUGUAGCUUUACUAGCAAGCUGCCUUUAUUGUGUAGGAUUUCAUCUUGGGAAUUUUUAUGGGUUAUGUGCUUUUUCUGCGUCCUUAGCAUUACAUGGGAUAUGGAUAGGUAAGAAAUAUAUAGGCUGUGUCUCAAAAAUCGAAAUUAUCUGCGUAAAUUCUUAUUAUGUUAAAACCAAAAGAGAGCAAGCUACGAAAUCUAUUAAAUUAUAUAAAGGAAUUGGGCUUAUUUUAGGACCUCUUUUAGGAUUUGCAGGGUCUUAUUAUUCUUUGACAGUUUCUGGCUAUUUAAUCGAUGUUGGGACAAUCCCAGGGUAUAUUCAAAUAAUUUGUGUCCUUAUCAUGAUUAUUGCGAUGCUUUUCUUUUAUCCAUCAAUUCGCUUACUCUAUUUUUAAAAAAUAGGAAUAUUCCAUUUAUUAGGAAAAAAUGCCUUAUAGAAAGAUUAUUAAUUAUUAAAAGCAAAGGAAUUAGAAAAUCUGAAUUCCAAAGAUAAAGGCACAGACCACGCCGAAACUUUCAGACACGAAACAAUCACCAGCUAUAGCAAUUCUGAAAAAAUCGUAAACCAGGUCGGAAACUGGCAUUUAGCAAUAUUCACAGUAAUGCUUCUUGGGUUUAUUUUCUAUCUCUCAAAAUCCCUUAAAAAAGUUGCCCUCCCGAUCCUAUUGCUUGCAACACCUCACGAAUUUAAAUGUGUAUCUGAGCUUUCUCUAUCAGUGGACGGAGUUUACAUUGCCUUUGCUAUAGAAGGUUUCCUUGACACAAUUGGGUCAUUUUUAUCAUACAAUUUAAACCCAGUUGUUGAUAACAGAUAUCUGGUAUUUAUUGCUGUUAUUUUUAUAGGUGUUGGGCAAGCACUGAUGAUAUGGACGUCUAUUAUCCCGACUUGGGCUUUUAUCGUCUCUAUGGUGCUUCAAAGCUUUGCAUUGCCAUUUGGGCUUGGGAAUACAGAAUGCUUAUUUUAUAGUAAAAUUGGCUAUAGGCCUGGCUCAGAGUAUACAGUGAGCUAUAUGAUGCUUGAACUCUUAGGGAGCUUAAUUGGCCCGUUUUGGACAGUUCAAGCUUAUGAAAUUAAAUGUGAGCUUUGUUUUACGUUUAUUUUGAUAUGGCUGUGCUUUGCAUUUUUAUUACUUAUCGCUUCGUUUACAGCACUGGCGUAUGAAAAGAAAAAAGAUCUGGUGAGAGCGUCAAUGAUGGGACUCAACCAAUCACAAAGUGGGCUUUAUAAUAGGUCACAGGUGAUAGAAAUGAAGGACGCUGCUAAAGGAAAAGGAAUUAAAACAUUAUAA